UCCGCCUCCCGAACAGGGCGCUCCGCACAUAGACACAUACACAAGCCGGGGAAGGAUGGAGGGCGAGCGGGGCGCGUCGCAGUCGCCGCGGCCUGUCUCCUCCCCUCCCCCUGGCGGCGAGGCCACGGCAAUCCGCGCCGAGCCGCCAGCGCCCCUCGCGGACUCAGCGCGGCCGCUCCUGCCUCCCUCCUCCCCGGAGCUGCUGGAGUUCGACGACGACGAGGACCUGGAAGUGUUCAGCAAGGAUGCGUCACUCAUGGAUGCGAACUCGUUCAGUCCUUUGAUGCCAACAUCUCCAUCUUCGAUGAUAAAUCAGUACAAAUUUGAGGAUGAACCAGAAGGAAAAGAUCUUUUCAUAACGGUUGAUGAUCCAGAAAGCUAUAUUACUGCCAUUGAGACAUUCAUCACUUACAGAAUUGUCACCAAGACAACUCGUGGUGAAUUUGACUCCAGUGAGUAUGAAGUUAGAAGACGCUAUCAGGACUUUAUUUGGUUGAAAGGAAGACUUGAAGAAGCACAUCCAACACUUAUUAUUCCUCCGUUGCCUGAAAAAUUCAUAAUGAAAGGAGUUGUGGAACGAUUUAAUGAAGAAUUCAUUGAAACAAGAAGGAAAGCUUUGCAUAAGUUUUUAAACCGGAUUGCUGAUCAUCCUACUUUAACUUUUAAUGAGGACUUCAAAAUUUUUCUUACUGCACAAGCAGAGGAACUUUCAUCUCACCGGAAGCAGGGUCCUGGCUUACUUAGCAGAAUGGGACAAACAGUCAAGGCAAUGGCUUCAUCAAUGCGAGGCAGUGCUGUGAAAAACCGCCCGGAAAUAUUUACAGAAAUGAGUGACUAUGUGGACGUGUUUAACCAGAAAAUCAAUCUAUUGAACAAAAUCUCCCACCGAGUUUACAAAGAAAGAAAAGACUAUUUUUAUGAAAUGAAGGAAUUUGGUCCAAUUCACAUGCUCUGGUCUGGUUCGGAAGAAGAUCUGGAAGACACAUUAAAAGGAAUGGCUACAGGCAUUGACCAGUGUUGCAAAGCUGCAGACAAAUGGAUGGCAGCUCUGUCCGAAAGCUUCUUCCCUGUUAUACAUGAAUAUUUGCUUUAUAAUGAAAUAUUGAUGGGUGUUCUGAAAAGAAGGGACCAGAUCCAAGCAGAACUGGAUUCCAAAACUGAUGCUAUGUAUAAUAAAAAGGCUGAAAAUGGCCUGUUGCCUGAAGAGAUUGGAAAACUUGAAGAUAAAUUAGAAUGCGCCAAUAAUGCUCUGCAAGCGGAUUGGGAUAGAUGGAAGCACAGCCUGCGUCUCGAUAUGAAAUCAGCGUUUGGCAACAUGGCAGAAAAUAAUCUCCGCUAUUAUGAAGAGAGCUGGGCACGUGACGCAUAUGGCCUGCGGACACGGGUGAAAUCUACUUAACCUUCCUUACCGGUUCAGAAGUCACAUGCGCGUGCAGACCCUCUGUGCAUGCGCAAAACCUUCCUGGCACAUUACUUCCUGGUUAAAACAAGGAAGUAAUGACACUCAGGCGGGUGGGCGGAGCCUCGCGCUGCCAUCGCUACUGGUUCUCCAAACCACCUACCACAAUCGCUACCAGAUCACCCAAUCCAGUCCAAACCGGGAGGAUUUCACGCCUGCCCACGGGCCACCAGUUUGACACCCCUGAUCUAAAACCAUUGUAAUUUUAUCAAACUUUUUGCCAAAUGGGGUAUUUUGAGAUAUUUGAGGUGAAAUCUGGAGUUAGUUAAAAUAGGACUACUGCAAUCAGUGGGAAUGCUCAAUGUGUCUUUUCUAAGUAUUGUUAAAUCUUGAUUUCAGCUGGAAUAGGUUUCCUAUUUUGUUUCAUUCCAUAUUAUCGGAAGACUUGUUUAAGUAGAUAACUAGUCUGAGAAACAUCAAAUGAUAGAGGUGCUUAGAACUUAAUUAGAAAUUCAGCCUGAAAACACUUUACAAGAAGAGGCUUGCAAAUAAGUUUAUAAACAUUGCUAGCACACAUAAAAUGAAAUUGUACCUGUAACUAAGAGCAUUAUAAUCAAAUGCAUCAGCAGUUACCACACAGCCCUGGGAAAACAUGCAGCUGUUUUAUCUUUUGCAAACAGAUGCUAUGUUUGCAGCCCCAGAUUCUCCAAAGCAUUUGGACUGGAAUCUGAAUGUUGUACAGCCGUAAUAAUUCCUUGAAGUUAUAUUUGCAACCUGUCAACUUGCUCCACGAACUUGAAUGACUGACACAUAAUAGGCUAACUUGCGUAGUAAGCAAUGCCUGGUUAUGGUUAGCCCAACAGGCAGCAACUAGCGAAUUUAGGACAAGGAAUAAAAAUGCUAUUACGAAUAAAACAGUGAGCAUGUUUUCA